UAUAGUGCGAGCAGCGAGCAGGACAAGUGAAGCGUUCUAAUGAAUACCUAAAGUAUACAUACAUAUAUACACACGUACCUAAGUGAAAAGCAAUUUUGUUUUAGGUCAAACAAAAGCGCAAAUUUCAUGUGAAAACAAACAAAAGACUACGCAGCAAUAAUCGAACGACAAGCAAACUACUUAAGCCAGUCAGAUUAAUGAAAAUGCAUUAGAGACAGCAUCAAUUUAAAUCAAAUCGUCGCGCGUCCUUGGCGCCACUUGGCUAUUAAUACACCGGCAAGAGAGCGUUCAAUGUGGCUGUAAUGCCGUCACGUCGCAGCGGUGGUGUGGGCACCACACGGCGCAAGCAUUCGCUGGGCAAUCUGAGACGCGCACAUCCGGCCUCCGGUGCCACUUGGAAUGUGCAGGUGGUGCGUGGCAAGAUGUCCUCGAAAUGCUUGUGGCACGCAUGCCGAGCGCUCAUACUGGGACUAACGCUGAUGCUAUUGGGCGCUGGCAUGGCCACGCUGGGCUACUAUGCGGAUCAUCUGUCCACGGGCUCGGAGCUGCGCGGCAAUGUGACAGUGCGCGUCAAGAACGAUUUGAAGGGCUUCCAUUUGAAUAACUUCUCGUAUGUGGGCCCCAUUGUGAUGGGCUUCGGUGGCUUCAUUGUGGUCGCCUCGUGUGUGAUGACCUUUGAGGCGCGCGACUCCGCGGCCAAGGUAGUGCCCGCGCGUCUACGCGCGGGCGCUGGCAGUUGCAACAAAACUGGCGGGCGCAGCAAUCAAGGCAGCUCAGCCUCUCAGAGGCGUGGCAUGGGUGCCCAAUAUCAGUCGACACGCUGGGAUCAGCACUUUGGCGUCUUUCGCUCCUCGCCUGGGGAUGCGCAUCAGGCUGCAGCUGGUGGCGCUGCCGCUGGGCAGCAUCAACAGCAGCAGCAGCAACCGUUUGAUCGCGAAGCGCUCACCGCCGAGCUCAUCAAGUUCUCCAAAUCGCUAAGCGCAUCCACACGCUUCUCGCCUCAGCUACAGUUGCGCCGUCUCACCUUCACCGGUUCCGUGCCCAAUCUGUCCAACAUACAUGCUAAUGCUCAUACAUCUGCCACCUGCCACAACACUAAUCACAACUCCAAUUUGUUCUCGCCGCAACAACAACACAAAAUCUGCUGCAAACGCCAUCAUCGCCAUCACAAAUCCCAUCGCAAACCGCCCUCGAGCAGCAGCGUGCGUCGCGUGCGUCAGACACGUCCACCAAGCAGCGCUGCUAACCACGGCAGCGGCGCUCAUCAUUCGCGCAAAUUCAGCAACUCCUCCAGCCUAAUACAGCGCAACACCAGAGAGUAUGCCACGUGUGCAUUGUUGCAGCCGCCGGCGGCGGCAAGCCGCAUCUACUGGCAGGCAUCCUCUUUCGAUGCAGGCGUGGGCGUAGUCAACGCGCAUGCCAUGAGCAGCAGCGACAAGCGUGCUGAGCGCAAUAAACGCUCCGACACUGCCAAAAGGCAUGUGCUCUCGCGCCAGCGGCCCAUUGAGCAUGAGGAGGCAGCACGCGAACGCGAACGCGAGCGUGAUCGUGACCGCGAGCGCUUCAGUCCAUUAGGCCACAGGCGCAACUCAACUCUCUCUGACUCCUCGUACAGUGGCCGCUGGACGGCACGCUGUGCUUCGGUGGCAAGUCGCACCUCUAGCAUUGAUUCGCGACGCGUGCAGGUGGAUUUGCAUAGUCCGGAAGUGAUGCCCAAGUCUAUACUGCGCUCACCCAAACGCUACUGUUCCGGUCCCUCGGCAACGCCUUCCGUUGAAAAGGAGUUCCGCAGUCAAUUGUCCGUUUGCUCGGAGCCACCACCACCCGUGCGACAAUUGUCCGGGCAGAGCAGCAUGGAGCCUUCCGUGCCGGAGGAGAGCAUCGAGCUGUUGGAUGAGCGUGCAAUUGUUGAAACGGUUUGCCACGCUUCCUACACCGAAGUCAACGAGCUGGUAACGCAAGAGCAUGCGCCAAAGAAAGUGCGUCCGGACUUUCUGCCGCUAAGCAGCAGCACGGAUGAGCCGCAGCAGCAACAGCAAUCCAAAUCGGUGGCCAUGCUCUACCGAAGCAACAGUUCCCGACAGUUCUAUCGCCCCAAGCCUGCCAUAGCCAAUGGUCGUGAUGAUUUCUUUGCACGCUCCUUGGAGCGAGGAUCCAAUUCCGCCGCCGGCGAUGAUCAGCUGUAUGACUCUCUUAGGGUUAUCAACGAGCGACGCUCGACGCUCUUGAAGGCGGACUCUCAAAGCUCCUUGGGCUCUGUGGAGCGCAAACUAAGCAGCUUCUCACUUAAGAUGCCAGAGAUAACUGAGCGUGAGAAUUCCAUAGACAUAGAAGAUGUGCCCACUGUCGCAGAGCCAGAGGAUACAAAGGAGCAGCAGCAGCAGCAGCAGCCGAAUGUAAAUAAAGAGCUUGAAGAGACUCCAGCUGAAUCUGUAGAUACGAAAAAAUAAGUAAAUAGGCUGUUCAAACGAUUUGAAGGGCAACGACAGUUACUUUAACACAGAUCUUGAAAAAUUGGUACACCGAGUUUUUGAAUUUAAUUUAACUAAGCGCCGUCUAUUAACGAUCUCAAAGUCUUUCCUCUAAACGUAACUAAAGUAAUAAAGUACUCAGCAUCUAUUUAAAAACCGUUAGCUGUUAUAUAAACUGAGUAUAAGCUGUUAACUGUGUUGCCAUAGGCAAAUUAUUCAAUGUAUUUUCUAUAUAUAUAGCUAUGUGUUUAAAGUUCGUAGUCUUCCUGCUGUUGAAUGUUUGUUAAAACUACACGAAACACUUGCAAAUUUAAUCUGUUAAGUUAAUCUGCACACACACACACACACAUAAACUUGAAUCGAAAUUGUAUAUAAAAUACGUAUGUAUGUAGAAAAUACAAUCAGCUUACAAGCGAAGACUGAUGAUCGUAAAAUGAUUUAUGCAUAGUGGAAAAUCAUUCACAAUCAACUGAAAGUCAAUUUUUGUUCACAAAACAAUGAAAAGCAAUACGAAACUUGAAUUACUUAUGGAAUUAUUAUAAAGCACACGGUGCAACGAAUAGAACACUUAAGUUAAACACAGCACCACUCCUCCAUAGUCUACUCGGAAAUGAACUCUAGAACCACCUACUUUAAUUUCAAAGUGCCACCAGAUAAAGUUAUAUUCACAUAUGUAUAUGUUAAGUAACUACUUCUAUUGACGUAAUUGUGGAUAAUCAAACAUAUAUAUU